UAAAAAACUACUUAUAUCACACAGUCUAGAUUGGUGUUUUUGUUCUUUGCGUUGGCACGUGUCUUUUGGCAUUGGUUUGACUUUGAUCCGUGUCGAAAAAGGCGGGAAGUUGAAUGUGUCUUGUAAUUAUUCCGUCUGUUUCUUCAUCAACUUACGUGCAAUUAAAAAUAAAAAAUGUCGGAAAACGAUCCGCUCGAGUUACUAUUAGCAGUAGCAGAAAAAGAAUUUCAGAAAAUUGAUUCGGCAAGCGCUUUGCAAGAAAUUAACCUCUUUGGUGAGGUGCAGCAGACCAACAAUUGUGAACACAAAAUCGAUAGUACUUCUAUACACCAAGGCGAUACCGAUUCAUCAGACGAUGAAGGAAACCGAAAUUUUGAAAACCAGAAGUAUACCGAUUGUGGUAAACAAAUCAAAGAACUUUUAACUCAGGAAAAUCCAUCCAUAUCUUCGUCGCAUUAUGGACAGCCGAAACAAAGAAUUUCCACUUGGAAGACAAAGCCACAAAGUUUUGCGGGAAAAAAAUUGGAAAAAUUGGAAUCCAAGCCCCAGGAUGUUUUAAUAGAUCCAUUUUUUGGAAUUCGAAUUGUAAAUCCUCUAAUAUCGUCCUCAACUUUGCAAGAGAAAAUGGAAGGUAGAGAAGCAGUGAAAUUUUCGGCAAUUAGUAGGUACAUUAUGGGCGAAACGAAACAAAAAGAUUGGGUCAUUUGUGGGGUGGUUGUGAGCAAAAGUCCUGUUAAAACAUCCCAAAAAGGAAGUCAGUAUUCAAUUUGGACCUUGAGUGAUCUCAAGGAUGACAUUAAGACGGUAGCUUUGUUCAUGUUUAGUAGUGCUCACAAGACCCUUUGGAAAAGUGCUCUGGGAACUGUGAUUGGUGUUUUGAAUCCUAAUGUAUUGGAAAGAAGAGAGAACUCAAAAGAUGAGGCUACGCUCAGCGUCGAUAAUGCUCACAAGGUUAUGGUUUUUGGUCAAUCAAAAGACUUUGGACUUUGCAAAAGCAUGAAGAAAAAUGGAGAUAGGUGCAAUGCCAUAGUAAAUUUGAGUCAGUGUGAGUUUUGCAUUUACCACAUCAAACAGGAAUAUCAGAAAUGUAGCAAAAGGUCCGAGUUGCAGGCAAAUUUUUCCGGGAAAGGCCUUUUGGCCCUUAGGAAUAAGGUUUUGGGAAAGAACGAAGUGUUUUACGCCGGCAAGUCAUACACGGCAAUUCCUGCCCGAAAAAGUAGAAAAAUGGAACUAAGGGACGAAGGCAUUUUAAAAAAUUUGAACGGAAAUGGUGUUGCCUGCCCAUUGAAAAAUGUGAAACCAAAGAAAACGGGCCAUGCGGUGCGUUUAGAUGUAUCACCGGCACAGCGACUGAAGGACAUUGAAUUAUUAAGGAAGUUGGGAGGUUCUGUGGGGUUGGAGGAGAAAACUAACUUUUCCGGAACUCAUUCCACGGACGUGAGCCUGGAAAGUUCCAAGGCAACCGCAUUAGAUGUUAUAAGUAGAUUAAAAGCCAAGAAAGUUCAAGCGGGAAGUUGCGAAAGCAAUUCAAUAGAAAAGGACCCCCCAAAUGGUGAAAGAAAUGACAAACAAGCAGUACAUAAAGGAGACGUUGUAAUAGCGUGUAGAGACAUUUUUUCCAAUUCAAAGUUGGGCGUGCCACGGUUGUCGGGUUUUGGUGGUAGUAUCGAUUUGAGUAUCCCGUUGGUACCAAAACGCGCGAACAAAGCUAAAUUGAACGCCCUCGACUAUAUUAAAAAAAACGGCCCCAUAAAAAAACUCGACCCGAACGGCACCAAGGGUUCCGGGAAAAAGCGUCCCGUCGACACGAUCGACGACGAAGGCCCUUCGAAAAAAUCAAAACUCGAACAGAGCGAGUUUAUUUCCGAUAGGUUCAAGAAAAUGAUGGCCGCUACCUCGAAACAUAUGGAUCUGGUGGAGGAGCACGACAACGAAGAGCGGGAGAAAUACUUUAGGAAGUUGGAGAUUAAGGAAAAAAUGGAAGAGAAAAUGGUGAACACUCAAAAGAUCGCUUGCAAAGCGGUCAAGUGUCUCAAGUGCAAAUACACCAGUUUUUCGGCGUCUGAUCUGUGCAAAGCGGAAAAACAUCCACUAAAAGUUUUCGACGCCUUGAAACGUUUCUACAUGUGUGGUCAGUGUCAAAAUCGGACUGUGACCCUGGACAUCGUCCCGACCAAACAGUGCGCCAACUGUGGUUCCUCGAAGUGGCAGAAAACGGGAAUGAUGAAAGAAAAGCUCGCGGUUACGCAACAUUCUUUGUCGAUCAGAGGCGGGGAACAAAAAUUCGUCAAUUCUGUCGCUUGCGACGCCAAUUUAGAUCUAUUAGUUCCCGAUGACGGUUGUUAAAUUAAAAUAAAGAAUUUUUAUUUAAGUUUAAUGGUACUUGCGUUUAUUAUACGUCAUUUUCACCUUGUUUACCACCUGUGGAUGCAGAUAGUAGAGCGUAUCCUGGGAAUUUUUUUUUUGCAAAAUUUCAACUUAUGUCAAUGUUUUCUUUGAAAAGUAUUAAAUCUUUAGAGAAUAGAGAACCUGGAGUGUCUUUGCAGGCGUUCUUAGUUUUUAUAAGUUAUGUUUUGCGGUACUCAAAAGCAACAUUAAAACUAUUAGGUUGGCCAAAUGUCCGUUUUGGAAACAAGAUUAAUGAUGUGAGUCUGAAAAGAGUUAUCAAUAGUACUAGGAAUCACAUGACUAUAAUAUAAAAUAGGAUACGCACUUGGCUAACACAGUAAAAAAACUAAAAUAUUUAGUAAAUAUUUUUUAUGGACUCAAGGAAAUACUAAGAAGAAAACAGUUAUUAAAAAUCUAUUAACGACCAAUAGUUAGGUCCUUUACUGUAAAAAGAUGUUUUUAUAUAAUAGGAAUUUUUGGCAAUAAAUGUUA